AUGGGUGUGAAGGGGCUAUGGAAAUAUAUUGAGCAGCACGGCGUAGUCUAUGAUGCGCCGAAGGAGAUGGGUGGCCAGGGUUCGUCAUGGGUGCUCCGGCCCAAUCACCUGUUUAUUGACAUGAAUUGCAUCCUGCACAUCGCGUUCGAGAAGACCCACGGGAGCACAACGCGACGCGUCCUGCAGGGGAUUCGCCGCCUGGUGCUGGCGAUCCUACGCCAGGUGCGGCCGAGCUCGACGCUGGGGGUCGUCUUCGACGGCAUCGCGCCGCUGGCGAAGAUCCCGACCCAAAAAGAGCGCCGGGCGUCCUUGUCGCCCCACCCCCCGUCCCGCAGCCCCGCCUCCUCGGAUGGCCUCUUCAGCUGCGAUCUCCUCAACGCGGAGGUUCCCCUGCGGAAGCCGGAGAUCGGCUCCGGCUCCCAGUUCGUCUACGCCUGCGAGGAGUUCCUCGAGGCGAUGCUGCGGGAGAUGGAGCUGGCCCACGACGCGUUGGCGACCUGGACGACGCGGCGGAUGAGCCGGAGCCUCGAGCCCGGGGAGGGCGAGCUGAAAAUCAGCCGCCUGAUUCGCCAGGUCUGGCAAGACGAUGCCCGGAAAGGGGUCUACCGCCCCGAGGACGACGUCGUUCUGGUCGGGAAUGACUCCGACCUCAUCUUGGUCGCGCUGGUGGCGACCCCGUAUCGCGAGCUGACGAUUCUUCACCCCGACACCUUCGCCCGGACCUGCCUGGGGGUGUUGUUCGAGCAGUGGCGGAAGGACCUCCCGAACCCGCCCCUUCCGCUCGAUCUCCUGCCUUCCUACCGCGUCGAUUUCGUCUUUAUACGGCUGCUCGCCGGUGGGGACUACCACGACGGCCUUCGCCAACACGUCGAGGAGCUCUGGAGGAACUAUCGCAACCUCCGCGCGAACUCCGGCUUCUUCCGCCGCCCCCUCCUCCGCGGCGAGGACCUGAGUUUGGAUGUGGAGUUCCUUCGGCGGAUCGUCGGCGUGGGAAAGCGGAAGGAGGAUAGGUGGAAUGGGGGGGGAAGCAAGACGAAGGGCCGGCAGCUCUUGCGCGCCGCGCUGUGGGGGCUCAAGGGGCUCAUCUUCGGCCGCUGUGUGGACUACGCCUUCGAGAGCCCGGACCUCGGCAGGGGCGGGGUCAGCGUGGCGGAUCUCCGGGCCGCCGCGCUGAGCCGGGGGAUCGGGCGGGCGAUCGGGACGGACUCGCCCGUCUCCGCGAUCUCGACCCCCCCUGCCGAUUCGACAUCGUCCGACCACCCGGAAAGUCCGACAUCCCUCACGACGAUGGAGCUGGAGGACCCCGACCGACCCGCCCAAGCGCGACUUACCGUGUUGGAGCAGUACAUCGCCGUUAUGGGGGUUCGGGGACGCUACUCCAAGGAGUUAGACAGGGCGAUUGACCAAUCAACCGACGAUCACGGGAAAAAAUUUACCAUGAGUAAGUCAACGUCAUUUUUGGUGGGCAUGGUAAAGAAAAUAAUGGCAAACGUGGAUAUUAAUCGUCUGUCCAAGGCCGAAAGAGCGCUUUAUAACCCGUUGACUUGUCAAGAUGAACCAACCGCGGACGAAGGAGCCCUCUUGAGGUUGUGA